UUAACUUCACAACAGUAAACACACGAUGGCUGCAGCAAAGAUGGCUGCCAACUUUAUCGGAGAAAAACUUCGUGAAAUCCAACUUUUUUCGGAGGUUUCGGUUAAUCUUGUCAUAGGAACUGUGUUCAUAGCUGCCGUCAUUGUGUCUAUCUAUUUUAUCAAGAAAUUUCGAAGGAAAGUUGAGGUCCCAAAUGAAGCUCCAGGUUCCCCAAAGCCAAGGUUUCGCAAACGCGACAAGAUGAUUUUCUGGGGAAGAAAAUACUUGCGUAAGGUCAGAACGACUAUAUCUUACAUGUAUAUCAUUAACAUACAGAUUGAUUCAGAGUUCGUCAUUAGGGCCCGUGAUUAUUUAUAUUGCUGUUUAAUUUUGUGCUGUUUGUUUACUAUUAGUUGCUUCACUCUGCUGCUCAUGUCCCCCAAUCUGGUCUCAAAACAAGCUGGCUUUCUUUGUUUCAUAGUGAACUUGCUUUGUAUACUUUUCCUCUAUUUAACUGCAGUUGAGGUCCCAAAUGAAGCUCCAGGUUCCCCAAAGCCAAGGUUUCGCAAACGCGACAAGAUGAUUUUCUGGGGAAGAAAAUACUUGCGUAAGGUGAAACAGCUCUCUCAACCACAGGACGAGGGAUAUAGAAGGUCUAUUAGAAAGAAACAGAAAGUCAUGUUUAAUUUUGGAAAAGAGCUUUUAAGAUUUGAUAACAAUGAGCCAGGAAGACAGCUCAAGCAGCCUCCAGCUGCAUUCCUUGAAGCUGAUGUGGCAGAGGUUGAUGUCAAUGAGCCUCGUCUUCCUCCAGAAGUUGUGUACAUGCUGAAGAGUGUCAACCAAGAUGACAACUGUUUGAAGUGUGCCCAGACAAUCGUAACAAUCACANUCUUGCGGGUGCUGAUUAAUUGUGCGUUUAUUAUAUUUGUGUGUAACCAGGAUGGCACAGAGGUGUGUAUGAAGGAAGUACCUACAGGAGAGAGUAUCUAUAGCGUGCUUACCAUAUUGGACCUUCUCACAGGUCACCCAAUGGCUUUGCCCCAAAUAUGCUGUCGGGCAGUUGUUGAUACACACGUCUUAAGCUGCCUUCUUUUAGUAUUUGGUAUAUUUUUAUGUGUUUUAUGUACUUUGUAUUCCAGGUUACCAGGAAAAGCCUUCCAGACAGUUUUCGAACAGCAUCCGGAUUCUUUGGUCAGAGUCGUUCAGAUUAUCAUGCUUCGUCUUCAGCAAGUUACAUUUAUGGCGCUUCACAACUUCUUGGGACUCAGUUAUGAGCUUAUAGCCAGCAGCCCAGCCUCUCGCCGACGACCGUCAAUCUAUGGCAUCACCUCGAGCCCGAUAAAAGGCAAGAAACCAGAAGCUGCUGCAGGUACAGAGAGUCAGAAGACAGCAAAGAAGAUUCCUUUAGAGGUGGACUCUGGUACGAACAGUGCAGCAAGCAGUAAAACAACAACUCCUGACUCAGCUAUUAACAUGCCCAAGGAUAAAGAGGAGAAAAAAGGAGAACCACGUGGAAUCAUGGGCAAGGAGAGUAGUAAACCAAUUGCCAUAAAGAAGGUGCCCUUACAUCGGAGCGUUAGCUUCACAGAGCCUGAACACGAACGGAAAGUGGAUAAACAAAUUGGACGCUGUAAGUCGGCAGCGACGCUGGAAACUAUGUGGGGGAUUGGGAACGACACCGACAGCCUAUCAGAUCUAUCUGAUUUUGACGCAGCCCUUGGCCGGGCACGGAUUACCAUCCUCCCAGAAUCACCCAACCGCUUGGCUACAUUUGAUCUGGAAGGCAGUGACACAGAAGGCAGUCCCACUUCCCUUAGUGAGGGACGCUUUGACUUCCCGUGCACCCCCGUGAGUGAGGACCUAUCCAAACAGUUUCUAACCAUGGACCCCGAAGAAGAGGACAUGAUGAUGAAGACGGCGGCAAGUGAGAUAGCCAAGAGUCUUGAUUUACCGGAUUCUUCACUGUUGGAAGGCAUUCUUUCCAUAGCAAGUAUUCCUUCAGGCACUGUCCUUAUCAAGCAAGGCGAUGCGGAUUGUAGUUUGUAUUUUGUUGUGACCGGCUGUCUGGAAGUAACACAGAAAAGUCUCAGCGAUGACCAAGAGGUACUUUUCACAAUCUUAUCAAGUUAUGAAAACUGGUUCUGUCUUUUUUUCAGCGUGAUUCGUCAUAAGCCCAGAGUAAUACUGAACGUGGCUCAUUCUCUCAUAAGCCAUCUUUCUCCUUUCCUGAGACAAAUCGACUAUGCCCUAGAUUGGAUGCAUGUGGAAGCCGGCAGAGCAGUUUACAGACAAGGCGAACAGUCCAAUUGUAUUUACAUCGUGCUGAAUGGCCGUCUUCGUUCAGUUGUUACACUCAGCGAUGGCAAAAAGGAACUCGAUCGCGAGGCUGGCCGUGGAGAACUGGUGGGAGUGGUUGAAGUCCUUACACAAGCUCCAAGGGCGACGACUGUUCACGCCAUUCGGGACACCGAACUUGCGGUUCUUCCGGAUGGUCUGCUAAAUACAAUCAAGAGACAUUUUCCUCAGGUUGUCACCCGUUUAAUUCAUCUGCUCGGUGAAAGGCUACUGGGACAGUACAGAAGAAGUUACGCAAGAAGCGAAACAUUACUGGAAAAUCACCUACCAGUUGAUAAUCAGAUAUUUGGGGGCUCAAAUCUCGGGACAGUAGCUAUUAUUCCCGCCUCAGAGGAUGUGCCUAUCUCCAACUUCUCAUUUGAACUCAGCUUAGCACUUCACACUAUCGGUCCCACCCUCUUGCUGACCAGCCAGUUAGUUCGAAGCAAGCUUGGUAGCUCCGCAAUGGACAGCAUGAACGAAUAUCGCCUGUCGAGCUGGCUUGGACAACAAGAAGAUCUUCACCGCAUCGUGUUGUAUCAGGCUGAUGCUUUCAUGUCUGCUUGGACGAAACGGUGUAUUAGACAGGCGGACAGCAUUGUCAUUGUCGGUGUAGCAGAUGGCAGUCCAGCAGUCGGUCAGUUGGAAAAGCAGCUUGAAAACAUUGGCGUUCGUUCCCAGAAGGAGCUCAUUCUCCUACAUCGCGAAGACGCCGCCAAGGGUUUCCGCAUUACACACACUGUGGAUUGGCUUAACGCGCGGGGCUGGAUCUGCGCACAUCAUCAUGUUCGAUGCUCUAAGAAAAUUUUUGGAAGGCGUCCUCUGUCUGAAAAGUACUCACAAGAUCCUGCAGCCUAUCCUUUACCAGACAAAAAAUCCGACUUUUUACGUCUUGCUCGAAGACUUACGGGCACGUCUAUUGGAUUGAUUCUCGGAGGAGGCGGGGCCAGGGGAUUAUCUCAUUGCGGAGUCAUCAAAGCACUGGAAGAAGCAGGUAUUCCUGUUGAUAUGGUCGGCGGUACAAGUAUGGGGUCCUUUGUUGGUGCAGCGUACGCUGAGUCAGCUGACGUCAACAAAAUGUGUCAGAAGGUCCGCGAGUGGUCACUGGACAUGACGUCACUCUUCAAGAAGAUCCUGGAUCUGACUUAUCCAUUCACCUCCAUGUUUUCAGGAAGUGGCUUUAACGCCAGCAUAAGAAGCACAUUUGGAGAGCGACAGAUAGAGGAUCUCUUGUUGCCUUACUUUUGCAUCACGACAGACAUUACGUCAUCAAGAAUGAGAGUACAUACAGACGGCUGCUUAUGGCGGUAUGUCCGUGCUAGUAUGUCUCUGUCGGGAUAUCUACCUCCACUGUGUGACCCCAAGGACGGACAUCUGUUAUUGGACGGUGGAUACGUCAAUAAUUUACCUGCGGACGUGAUGAAGACCAUGGGCGCUCAGACAAUCAUAGCAAUCGAUGUAGGAUCGGAAGAUCCCGCCGACCUCACGAACUAUGGCGACCAGUUGUCGGGCUGGUGGCUACUGUGGAACAAAUGGAAUCCUUUUGCCGAAACCGUCAAGAUUCCUGACAUGGCAGAAAUCCAGUCUCGUCUGGCCUAUGUGUCGUGUGUGAGGCAACUGGCUGAAGUAAAAGAGAGCAGUUACUGUGAAUACAUUAGACCGCCAAUCGACAGGUUCAAGACAUUAGAGUUUGGUCGCUUUGAUGAGAUAGUGGACGUGGGUUACCAUCACGGCAAGACUGUUUUCAAGGGCUGGGUCAGAGGAAACAAGUUACCCGACAUCUUCAGGGAACACCCGUCUAGGGGUCACAUGACGCACGUGUACGCCUCAGGACAAGCUCCUGGGAAGUUGACGAAUAAUACUACCUUCACUAAUCUGGCGGAGCAGAUAUCUCGGAUUGAACCUCCAUACCCUCACGACUGGUUACCAUACACCUCCUCGGAUGAACUGCUAGGUUCCAGUGCCCCAGAUGGUCGGCACAGGUACUCGGCCUCCGAGGAAGAUGACGAAGACGAAGAAGACGUGAGCCUUGUUCGAGUAAGACCAAGAACAGGCUCUCUCUCAGAACACGAAGAUUUACUGGCUCUCAAGGCGCAAGCGCAAGCGGUAAUUCGACGCGAAGAAGCCGGAUAUGACUCGGAUGACACCCAUCUUCGAAGACGCAUGCGCCUUAUUAGACCCAAUAGUGAACCAUAACGCACUCGGCGCCUCUACAAUGGUCCUGGUAAAGAUCAAUGAGAGCCUGUGUGACGCUCAGUCUGUCCACUUUUAAAACGCUGAAGGACUGCAAAACAAAUUAAGAAACCGUAAUCUUGACCUUAACCGAAAAGGGAUCACCUGCUCUCCGGAAAGGUCGUCCUACCAGCCUGACUGAUCUCUCCAUAUUUUGAGAUGCCCUCCCUCGUGUUGAGCUUGGUGUUUCGAUCGGUCCAACCCAAUCUUCUGAUCUUUAAAGUGGGCUUCUAAAAUCUUGACACUGUUUUCAACUACCGUGAUGCGUGUGGUGUAGCGUGGUGUUUAGUGUGUUGUGAAAAGCGCGGUGUUAGAUUUAGUGUACCUAGGCCUUAUGUGGUUAUUUUGUGUUGUGAGUGAUAUGAUUGAUUACAGGAAACUAAAGCGAGCAGUUAACCUUGAGUUAACACUAGUUUCGAACGUUUGCGCUGUUGAUAGGGCGUUGUCGCAUAAGGUCAGGGCGACCAUAUCGAUAUUCUCCUUUCGAAUAUAGGUCCUUUCUAAUACAAAAAUGUCCUUUUGAUUGGGAACAACGCCAGGGACAAAAGCGCUCUAUAUAGAGGCAAAGCAUUGUAGCUCCAUCCUCUUACAAAGUAAAGGAAUGAAUAAUUUCCAAUUUUAAAUUUUGGUAGCAGAUGGAAAAGCGUAUUGUGGCGAAGAGGUUAUAAAGAAAUGCCAUGAAAGUAAAAGUAUUUUUGCAGAACUCAUAACUCGUAAAAGGAAAUUUUUUCAUAAAUAGAAGUUAAAUUCUACACCGAAGUUAGCGCGUCAGUGACAUGUAUGUUUUUGGCGUCUUCUAAACUUCGUCAUCAUGUCAGUUUGAAUUUUAGCAAUUGGGAGGGAAGGAAAAGGGGUUGCUUUACACCGCCCUGACUUGAUUGGUGGAUUCAGUGAAGGGCCACAAAUCAUGUCUAUUCCUUUUCCUAUAAGAAAUAGAAUUACAGGAAGCAAAUAAUCACUGACCAGCUCUUAAGCUUAAUUUGUGUUGAUGUCUAGGAAUACCCUUGGAUGGGGUUUGAUGGACGUUUUUCCUGAAUAUCUUUCACAUAGAAACAUUGAAUUAUUUGCAAUAUUUGUAUAUCAGUUAUUUAAAGAUUUCACAUUCGUUCUUCCAAGCACAAUGCAAACACCGCUUGUAUACAAGUCUUUGUCGCAGUAGUUAUACUUAGAAUGUCUGAAAGCGCAGUGUUACCUCUUUCAAAGACUGUCGAUGCCUUUCUUCACGAACAAGCCGUCAGAUUUAUACUAGGUAAACCUCCAGUAAGUUAGACACAUUUACCGGAUUCGCUAUUAAAAUGUGCUGGGCUAUAGGUUCUGCAUCGUAAGCAGGAGUUAUCCUUUGUAAGUCAUGUAAGUGAGCUGAACGUGUUCUUCAGUUAAGGAAGUUUGUCCAUAUUUAACCUGUAACUAUUUGUCAGUACUUUCUGGCAAAGUGAGCUAUUUGACCAGUAAUUCUUGAUGGCUCAGUGCAUUUUGUUUUCUCCGUGGUUGACAGAUAUAUAGGUUUUCUUAUAGUUAUGACUGCUGCGCUAAAGACUUGUGAGAAAGCUAGGUACUAGAAUUUGAAUACUGUUUCGAAUCCGCAUUAUUGGAUCUUUCCUCUACCUGGGGGGUAUUGACUAUUUUCAAAUCCGUUAAUGAUGACAACAUGCAAAUUCUCUUUACUUGUGUCCAUACGUUUCUUAUACAUGUAGUAGGAGAAUUUGUAAAUUCAUCAUGAGAGCUUUAUGCUCAUGACCAGCAUGUGUGUAACUUUCUUUUGAAAUGCUAAGUUAAAUUAGAUGCUGGUCACUAAGGGUUUGACGUAAUGUGUGGGAUGAAGGGAGCUAUGAACGUGCUUAUUGUUUAAAACAUACACUUAACCAAGCAGAUGGGAAACUACUUUGGACAUCACUUGAACUGUAAAUGAUAACAACUUUUGUAAUAAAUGAUUUGUUUGGUAA